GCACCACUCUCUUUGUAUCCAGGAAGUUCUAAACUCACCCAUCUCUUAACUACCUACAGCUUCUCAACCCUUACACAAACUGUAGUGAAAUCUACCACUGUCGCAGUACACACAAUGACGACGUUGUCCGUUCUAGUAUGUCUGGCUCUCCUCUCCGUCGCCUCCGCGGAGGUUUGCCCCAAGUUCGAGUGCGGGCCUGGCAACUUCAAACAAGGCAAGUUCACGGAUCCCACGGAUCCGUACAAGGAGCCGGCGGACCCUCUGCACGAGGCGUACUUCACGCCGGGGCAGAUGUACCAGUACGAGAAGUUCAACAUUAGCGACGACCUGAUCGCGACCCCGCAGCUGGACUGCUACAAGGUGUGUGAGUAUUACAACAUGCAGCUGCCCAGCAACGACAACUCGGCGAACAAGGCCAAGUACUGGAUGUUCGAGGAGACGUGUCUGGACGCGACGGGCGGCAUCUGCACGUGCUACAACAAGCUGCAGUGCAAGGACGACAAGAGCUACAGCAGCAAGUGGAUGGAGCCGGCGCGCGGCGUGGGCACGGAGGACUACGAGGUGCCGGCCAACUUCACGGUGGGCGAGCUGUGCGAGGGCAAGGACAAGGGCGACCCGCACUUCACGGGCGCCGACGGGUCGCACUUCGACUUCAGCGGCAAGCCGAACCGCAACUACGCGCUGGUGUCGGACCCGCACUUCCAGAUGAACGGCUUCUUCGGCGGGCGCUACAGCCGGUGGAACGGCGACGUAAAGGCGCUGACAUGGAUCCGGUCCGUGGGCAUCAUGGCGGGCCACCACACGGUGGUUCUGGAGGCGCGGCGCGGCGGCGACGCGGAGUACGGCAGCGGGUACCUGGCGCGCGUGGUGGCGGACGGCGCGGCGGUGGAGGUGACGGUGCCCGGCACGACGGUGCAGCUGUGGGACGGCGCGACGCUGAGGUGGGAGGCGGCGCGGUCGGUGAGCGGCACGGACCUGGUGGACGUGUACGACGUGAGGAUCGAGGGCGUGGCCACCAUCCGCCUGACGCUGAGGCCCGAGGUGAAGAACCUUCGCACGCCCACCGACGCCGCCGUGCACUUCGGCCUCGACGUCCUCUCCUCCUCCUUCUCCCACGCCGUGCACGGCGUCCUCGGCCAAACGUUCCGCCCCGACUUCCAGGGUCGAUUGGCCAAGCAGCAGCUGCAGUGGAGCGAUCUGCUGCAGGUGAUGGUGGUGCCGGGCGACAACGCGGAGGGGUUCAUCGAUGGGCGCAUGGACGACUACGAGGUGGCGGACCUUCUCAAGGCGGACUGCAAGCUCUGCCGCUUCACGCGCGCACAGGCCGUGGACGAGGAAAUGUCCAUCGCCAUGAACAUGAUGGGCAGCGCCACUGGCGGAGGCCUGCCCGCUGCUCCCCGGAAAUACCUCGCGCAGAGCUUCUAAGCCAUCUGGACGUUUCAAUGCUGGUGCUGGCAUGUAUCAUGGACUACCUUGCUGCCUUGUAAACUACACGAUGAGCGCCAUGAUUUGCGCCAUCACAAUUGAAUAAUUAAUUUUCUGUAUCUGAUGCCGUUGUCCCGCUAGAAGCACAUAAUGAUAUUAUGGGCAUGGAGACCUAGUGAGCGGCUACCCUGCUUGGUUUGUAAAAAUUCUCCAGCUGGCGUCAGGGUUUAGGGAGUGAGCAGCCAAAGUGAACUACAUUUGA